UGUGGAAGGCACCGACACCCCCACACCGGCAGUUCUGCUCCCGGUCUCCCGUUGGCACUGAGGCGAUGGGCGGAGGCGGAGGAGGAGAGGAGCGGCUGCAACGUCGGACUCGGAUCCCAGUGCCUCUCCCCCCGACACAGCCCCACUCGCGUGUUAGCCCCGCGAUGGUCAUUCGCUAUCUGCUCCGCACCGGAGUCUGUCUGCUCCUGUUACAGACUGUGUCUGCAACACACGGAGCAGAUGUGACCUACCAGUUAUCAGAUCAAAUGACAGCAGGAACAUCCAAGUUACCUCCCGAAUGGCCUCGGACACUUCGCCCUCUUCACCAGCGAGCUUUGCCCUCCUUCGUGCGACUGCCUGCGGACACCGACGCUCUGAUCACCGAGUCAGUCGGGGAAACAGUCACCUCUAAGAGUGGCGUUGCUACGUUCCAGUCGGAGCCUACGCAAGGGACUGGACAAAAGGCUGUCAAUCGAACCAGAAGCACAUUGAGAGCGGGAGCUUCUCCCUCGCUCUUUGCAGGUAUCGAUCGCGGUAAAGCUCACCUCGAGCCCGAGUCUGUCACUUCAGCACCAGCAGCGGAAUAUGUUUCUUCCAAUCCAGGUGGAAUGGUGGCCGUCAAUUCCUCCUCCGUGAGGACUUCAGACCGUACAGAUUCUGUCAGUGUUGUUUCCCGCGUGACCACCUCGGAUGGUUUGACGGCCAAUGUCCCAGCAACACAAACAUCUCCGGGGACAGCGUAUCCCACAGCGGUGACUGUCGGCAACGUAACCGAGAACACGCUGACAUCAGCGAAUCCUUUACACACAUUAACCGCAAUCAGCUCAACCAUCAUGACUACAUUGGGCAUGAAGACAACUGAUCUGGAUGACAGAUUAAGCCCUCCAUUCCAGGCCCUGAGCACAGUCACAACGAAGGGUCCUACUUCGAUAGUUUCUUCGCAAACACCAUUCGUAUCCACCGCUUCGACCACCACUCCCGGUCGAGCCCUGACCACUGUGCCCGUCAGGACCACAUCCUCGACACAGGGUGCCACACGCACGCUGGCCGUGGAUACAACCAACGCUUCCGGCAGGACGACGACCACAGACUUGAUCAAAACGUCAACGUCAGACUUGACCCUGAUGAUAACAUCGGCCUUGAUGUCGGUCACUACCCCUGCCGCACUGGCCAGGACCUCGCUGCCCACCAAGGCAACAGCCGAGGUACCCACCAGCUCUUCCUCUGCACCCAGCCUGAUGUGCAAAUUGUCGGACAGACUCUGGGUCAGGACAGUUUUGACGUUGUCUUCGAGAAGAAUCCGAACACAAGAGCUGGAGCAGAACAUGACCAGAGGACUGACACAAGCCCUGAAACGAGCUUUCAACCUCAGUAACAUCUGGGCUCGGAUCGAGAGCUUGGAGCGAAGGACCAAUGUGUUCAUUGGGUUCUAUGCUGUGAGCGGAGGCCAGGUUUUCAUACCGGCCACCGUAACUGAAACCAUUGUAACCUACGGCAUUGAGAAUCUCACCCGAGACCUGCAACAGCAUGUGCCCGCCCUUCAGUCUAUCCUCGUCUCUGCCCAGCCCUGGGUCCCAUUCCCAGAUCCCUGGUUCCAGUUAAAAACAGUGCUGCAGUUUGUGAGUGCAACGAAUAUCAUCAAGUUCUGCCACUUUGUUCAAGAUAUGGAAGAAAGUUUGCGGAAAGCAUUUGAAGAGGCCGAGUCCAGGACUACGAACAUCCACAGUAACUUAAGUAUUCAGAUUCUGAACGCGUCUGUGGCCGAUGGUUCCUCUGCUGUGACGAUGAUUUACACGGUGAGGAAUCAGAGUGUCCUCCUGAAUGGCACGAGCUCGAGCAGCCUGCUGCACCACCUGACAGCCGCUGAGCUGGGCUAUUACCUGACGUACCCUCCCCUGAUACUUGCCGAACCUUUGGAAUAUGAAAAUCUUGAUACUUCAGUGGCAACUGAAAAAUACUGGGUGAUUACAGUCAUCCUGGGCGUUGACAAUGGCUCACUGAACGAGAAGUACCAAAGCUUUGCCAGCCUGAUGGAGCGGCGCCUGGCGAAUCUCUUCACCAUCGCCCAGCAGCAGGGGCGCAGGUUCAAACGUGCCUCCACCAUCGGCAGCUACACUCUGCAGAUGGUAACCAUCAAACGACUUUCUGCUCCUAAAAACCCUACUGAAUUAACGUAUUAUGCCCUGGAGAAUGGAGUGCCGUUGCCUGGCACAAUAGCAGCAAAGGUACUGAGCACGGUGGACCCACAGACGAUGGCUCUGGAGCUAGGCUAUCGCGUUCAACUCCAGGCAGAACCUGUGGUCAAAAACCCACCCAAUAACCUGUGGAUCAUCGCUGCGGUGCUGGCUCCAGUCGGGGUGGUGACCGUUAUAAUCAUCAUUAUUUCCGCAGUGCUGUGCAGGAAAAACAAGAGUGAAUUUAAAUCCGAGACGAUGUCCAACCUGCACCAGAGAGCAAAGCCAGUACAAGGGUUUGACUACGCCAAACAGCACAUUGGUCAACAGGGCGGAGAGGAUGAAGUGACCGUCACUCAAGAAACCGUAGUGUUGCCACUUUCUGGACAAGAUGGAACUGUAACCCAAGAAAGUGAAAUCUCGCAGGACGGGAGUAAUGCCAAACCACCCAAAACAGUUGAUGUUCGAAGGAGACCAUGUGCAAUCUGCUCUAUCAUGGACUCUACCCAAGCCAUUUCAUCUCCUGAGGAAAGAUUCUACUCGGUUACUCCUUGCCCCCCACAAAGGUUACCCAGCGAGCAAGAUUCUGUCAUCAGUGAACAAUCGGGCAAAGGGGAUUCUGGAAGGAGCAGCCCCCAGAAGCCAAUGGCUCAGCAGAAAAUUGGAAAGGAAGAGACGAAGAGGAGAAAUGUGCCAAACAGCGACGAUGAGGAAGGUGCCACCCUGUUUGAGCACGUCUCAAAGACAUCUGACGAUCUGUUUGAUACAUCUUCUGGCUCAGUUCACUUGCUCUCUGUGAAACCCCUGGCAGCACCUCCAGUUUAUUCCCAGCCAGCCUCGGAGAGGAGCCCAGACCAGACAGUGGUAAAUGGAGAGGUAAACAAGGCUCUAAAGCAGAAAUCCGAUAUCGAGCAUUAUCGCAAUAAACUCCGGCUGAAAGCAAAGAGGAAAGGUUACUAUGAUUUCCCUGACAUGGAAGGGAAUCAGCCAUUGACAGACACACAACGAAAAAUGUACGAAAGAGGUCAGAUGGAAAUUAACCGGGUUUUGGAAGAUGAUUCUCGUAUACCCUUCACAUACACGGAGCCUAGAAACAGACAAACCCACCCGAGGAACCAUGUGUACAGAAGCAGACAGUCUUUAAACAGCCCGAGCCCGGGAGGAACAGAGAUGGACCUUCUGGUCACGAGGGAAAGAUCACGUCGUGGCAUUCGUAAUAGUGGAUAUGAUACGGAGCCAGAACUGAUAGAAGAAACCAACAUCGACAGAAUUGUGGAGGCUCGGACUUCUGCCCGCUCCCGGCCACCCAAAGGCCACUCCGAGACAUCGACCCUCAGCUCCCAGCCUUCCAUUGACGAAGUCAGGCAGCACAUGCACCAGCUCCUGGAGGAAGCCUUUAGCUUGGCCUCUGCUGGCCGCGGAGCACACAACAGGCACCAAAUGCACUACAGUGCCGGCCAGCCUUAUACCGAACUGGUGACCAGCGCGCCUGGAACCAUGACCAGAUCAAGGGGUGGAGUCCAAUGGGUUCCCACCUAUGGACAGGAUAUGUACCAGUACAGUUUGCCCAGGCCUGCGUACAGAUAUUCUCAGCUUCCGGAAAUUGCUGUGGGAUCCCCUCCACCCAUCCCACCGAGGACUGGACCAAUGGCUGUGGCCUCUCUCAGACGCUCGACAUCAGAGAAUGGGAAUAACAUGAGAGGAGGAGCCCGGCCGGGGCCCGAGCUUUCCCAGCAGGAAGCCACAUUUGUGCCGGUCUCCAGAACCUCAGUGUCAGCAGCUCCUGUGGAACAGCCAGUUACAAAUUACUCAGGUAGCCCAGCGGUUUAUGCUAUACCAGCUAACAGACCUGGGUUCCCGAGCUACUUCAUCCCAACACCGCCUGCCCCCUACAGGAGCCAUGCCUGGACUCAGUAUGUGGGAGAUGGCGAUGUGCAGGGCCAGUGGGCUGAAAACGUGACUCUCCCAGGUUACGUGGAGGCCUUUGCCCACGCUCGCUACCCCCAGGACUCCCCGCCCCGAGCACCUCGACAGUACAGCCAGACCCAACCCUCCAACAACCCGUUGCAGACCAUUGACCGGGCUCAGACUCCUUCCUCCGCAGCCUCGCAGCAGAGCCUGACGGAGAACGAGACCUCAGACAUGUCCUACAGCAACAUCUCUACGGCCGCCUUAGUGAAGGCCAUCCGGGAAGAGGUGGCCAAACUGGCCAAGAAACAGACAGGCAUGUUUGAGUUCCAGGUCUAACGGUGUCGAACGCGUGGCGAGCACUUGGCGAGGCCACUAGAUCUGUUCGGAUGAAGAAGAUCCUCUUGGCUCCACCUGACCUCGUCCCUUCUGACACUCCCGUCUUCCCAUUACAGCGUCAAGCUUUGUUUUAAAAUUAAAUGAGUCCCAGUGUCCCGGCCUCCUGUUCCUGUCGCUCUCAGGCCUUCAGUCACACCCGAGGCGAAACCCGAAGCGGAGACGGAAAUAAGUUGGUUUGUGCCUUGGACGAUUUGGAUUCAGUUCACAUCCUGGCUGGGUGGGUGGCAAAGUGUGUAGUUGUUGUUGGCAUUUAAACAAACAAACAAACAAACAAAAACUAACUGAAACAUCAGUUUUCACUGUCCAGACCUCGUUUGCCAACAAAGCCAAUAUUUCAGAUCAAGUGUUUUUUUUUUGUUUCCAAGAGAAAUCUUCUUUUUUUAUACAUACCUUUGUGCACAUAAAAAUAAUCCCGAUAAACUGUCCAUUUCUGGUUACAUCAUUUUAGUACGUGCAGAUUCCUAUUCUUGACGCCGAAAGAUGAGUCAGCCACAUGGAUUUCUUUUAAGCAGUGACUGGACAGAACAAGCUGUUUGACUCGGUGCCAACUUCAAGGGAAAACAACUCAACAACAACUUGCUUUUAUACAGUGCCCUUCAGCCCGGCCGGCGUCCCGGAGAGCUCGACAGUGGCAGAGUCUGAAGCUGAGCCGGGGGAGAGGGAGUGGGGAGGUGA